GGCACCCGGUCGGACUCGGUUGGGCUCGGGCGGCCCCGCCUCCCCCCGCCCGCCAGGCGGGCCCUUCUCGACGGCGCGGGGCGGGCCCUGCGGGCGCGGGGCUGAAGGCGGAACCACGACGGGCAGAGAGCACGGAGCCGGGAAGCCCCUGGGCGCCCGUCGGAGGGCCCAGCGCGGCGCGGAGGGCUAUGGAGCAGCGGCCGCGGGGCUGCGCGGCGGUGGCGGCGGCGCUCCUCCUGGUGCUGCUGGGGGCCCGGGCCCAGGGCGGCACUCGUAGCCCCAGGUGUGACUGUGCCGGUGACUUCCACAAGAAGAUUGGUCUGUUUUGUUGCAGAGGCUGCCCAGCGGGGCACUACCUGAAGGCCCCUUGCACGGAGCCCUGCGGCAACUCCACCUGCCUUCUGUGUCCCCAAGACACCUUCUUGGCCUGGGAGAACCACCAUAAUUCUGAAUGUGCCCGCUGCCAGGCCUGUGAUGAGCAGGCCUCCCAGGUGGCGCUGGAGAACUGUUCAGCAGUGGCCGACACCCGCUGUGGCUGUAAGCCAGGCUGGUUUGUGGAGUGCCAGGUCAGCCAAUGUGUCAGCAGUUCACCCUUCUACUGCCAACCAUGCCUAGACUGCGGGGCCCUGCACCGCCACACACGGCUACUCUGUUCCCGCAGAGAUACUGACUGUGGGACCUGCCUGCCUGGCUUCUAUGAACAUGGCGAUGGCUGCGUGUCCUGCCCCACGAGCACCCUGGGGAGCUGUCCAGAGCGCUGUGCCGCUGUCUGUGGCUGGAGGCAGAUGUUCUGGGUCCAGGUGCUCCUGGCUGGCCUUGUGGUCCCCCUCCUGCUUGGGGCCACCCUGACCUACACAUACCGCCACUGCUGGCCUCACAAGCCCCUGGUUACUGCAGAUGAAGCUGGGAUGGAGGCUCUGACCCCACCACCGGCCACCCAUCUGUCACCCUUGGACAGCGCCCACACCCUUCUAGCACCUCCUGACAGCAGUGAGAAGAUCUGCACCGUCCAGUUGGUGGGUAACAGCUGGACCCCUGGCUACCCCGAGACCCAGGAGGCGCUCUGCCCGCAGGUGACAUGGUCCUGGGACCAGCUGCCCAGCAGAGCUCUUGGCCCCGCUGCUGCGCCCACACUCUCGCCAGAGUCCCCAGCCGGCUCGCCAGCCAUGAUGCUGCAGCCGGGCCCGCAGCUCUACGACGUGAUGGACGCGGUCCCAGCGCGGCGCUGGAAGGAGUUCGUGCGCACGCUGGGGCUGCGCGAGGCAGAGAUCGAAGCCGUGGAGGUGGAGAUCGGCCGCUUCCGAGACCAGCAGUACGAGAUGCUCAAGCGCUGGCGCCAGCAGCAGCCCGCGGGCCUGGGAGCCGUUUACGCGGCCCUGGAGCGCAUGGGGCUGGACGGCUGCGUGGAAGACUUGCGCAGCCGCCUGCAGCGCGGCCCGUGACACGGCGCCCACUUGCCGCCUAGGCGCUCUGGUGGCCCUUGCAGAAGCCCUAAGUACGGUUACUUAUGCGUGUAGACAUUUUAUGUCACUUAUUAAGCCGCUGGCACGGCCCUGCGUAGCAGCACCAGCCGGCCCCACCCCUGCUCGCCCCUAUCGCUCCAGCCAAGGCGAAGAAGCACGAACGAAUGUCGAGAGGGGGUGAAGACAUUUCUCAAUUUCUCGGCCGGAGUUUGGCUGAGAUCGCGGUAUUAAAUCUGUGAAAGAAAAAAACAAAACAAAACAAAACAAAACAAAAACGGCUUCUUGGCGUUUCUGCGGGGCUGGGGUGUUAAGUGGACUGGACUUUUCUCGAGGGAGUCGAAGGGGACGGGAAUCUUGUCACCCCGGGAUCUGGCACCCAUGGUGGAGUCCAGUGUGGCCUUAGCUCCCAAGCCUGCCCCUCCCAAGUCCACUCUGGCUCAAUUACCCCGAGAAGGAGAGAGCAAGUCGCGGCCACAGCGAGUGAGUGAACCG